UGCCAUCGAUGAAGUCUUUAAACCUUUUGGAAUCCGUUUGAUGCAUUUUCCAAAUACCUCUGGCUGUAUACUUACCUCAAAGGAAGAGCCAAUUACAACAGUUAUAAACUUUUGUGUAUUAUUUCCUUGACAAAAAUCUGUUAUGCUACAUUCUUAGGAGAAUGUCCAACUGUAAAACAAAAUGUUUUCUCCUUACUAAUUAUGCAAAUAUAUUGGUUUAAUGUUUUGACGGAUGUGGUUUAGUUCAUAUUUGUUUACCUUAGUGUCCUUGUACUGUCUGGCACAAGAAGGGAGAGCUAUGGUUGCUACUCAGACAGAAAUACUGCCUUGCAUCACUAUUUACUUUUUAAAAUGCACAAAUUCCACAGUAUCAUUGCACUAUCCCUGGAAGGAUGUGGCAGAGAAAUCUCUUGUAAUUCCAAGUGCAUUGCAACCCAAGUCUGACCAACUGACCGCAUCAUUCAUCUAGAUCAGGAUGAAGAAAUGAAGAAAAGGAAGACGGCGUUAAUCAUACUCAUCCAUAACACCCUCUGUGUGGGUGCCUACAGAGAAUAUUGAUUAAAUAUAAACUUGUUUUCAUCUGGAAUCCAUCAAAUUAGUUAACUAGAGUAGGAACGUCUUUCUUUUGACAAAACGUGUAGGACACAUAUUUGAAACCAAAGAUAUUGCAUAAUGAACUGCAUUACUUUCCUGUUCACUUCAAUGAAGUGUUUGUUGUUUAGCCCCUUUUGUAACCUUUUGGGGCUUUCAGGUGAGCAAAUGUGGUUCUGGUCUUAAUUAGGCUGAGAAAUUCCUUGAAGGGGUAGAAUUGUGUGGUGGCGGUGGGCUAAACUUCACUGGAAACUGAAUGGUCUGGACACAAAGGAACUUUUGUUUCAGAGACCUCUGGUUUGGGGGUAGAUUCUCAGACUCCCGGCGCUCUGCAUGGGAAUGGAACUGUCUAUAAAGGCUGCUGCUUACUCCGCAUUUCAGACUGGGCUUCCUGCACACAAGCUGUUUAUUCUCUAAAGGAAAAUGGUUAGUCGAAUUCAGCAUCCGGCUGGUGGGUACAAGAAAAUAUUUGAGACGUGUGGAGAAUUGAAUGAACCUAUUCCUGCUAUCGUUGUAGGUGUGAUUCCAGAAUGGCUGAGUGGCAGUCUAUUGCGUCUGGGACCCGGCCUGUUCGAGGUGGGGGCUGAACCUUUCUACCACCUUUUUGAUGGCCAGGCCCUCAUGCACAAGUUUGACCUAAAGAAUGGCCAUGUGACCUACUAUCGGAAAUUUGUCAAAACAGAUGCCUAUGUGCGAGCCAUGACAGAGAAAAGAGUGGUCAUCACUGAGUUUGGAACAGCAGCCUACCCAGACCCCUGCAAAAAUAUAUUCUCACGGUUUUUCACCUACUUCAAAGGGAUUGAGGUGACAGAUAAUUGCUUAGUGAAUGUGUACCCUGUUGGUGAGGAUUUCUAUGCCUGCACAGAAACCAACUACAUCACCAAAGUGGACCCAGACACACUGGAGACUCUGAAAAAGGUGGACCUGUGUGAUUACCUCUCGGUCAAUGGGGUGACGGCUCAUCCACACAUUGAAAGUGAUGGAACGGUGUACAACCUUGGGAACUGUUUUGGGAAGAACAUGUCAUUGGCCUACAACAUUGUAAAAAUUCCUCCCACACAGAAAGACAAGUCCGAUCCCAUUGCAAAGUCCAAGGUUCUUGUGCAGAUACCCAGCAGUGAGAGAUUCAAGCCCUCGUAUGUUCAUAGCUUUGGAAUGACAGAAAACUACUUUGUCUUUGUUGAGACUCCAAUAAAGAUCAACCUUCUAAAAUUCUUGACCGCUUGGAGCAUCUGGGGCACAAAUUACAUGGAUUGCUUUGAGUCAAACGAAACCAUGGGUACAUGGUUCCAUCUGGCUAUGAAGGACCCAGCUAAAUACAUAGAGCAUAAAUUCAGGACCUCUGCCUUCAAUCUCUUCCAUCACAUCAACAGCUAUGAGGACGAUGGCUUCAUCGUUGUUGACCUGUGUACUUGGAAAGGUCAUGAGUUUGUCUACAACUACCUAUAUCUGGCCAACCUGCGGGAGAACUGGGAGGAAGUGAAGAAAGCUGCUAUGAGGGCACCUCAACCGGAGGUCCGGCGAUACAUUCUGCCCAUAGACGUCCACAGAGAGAAACAGGGGAAGAAUCUGAUAUCUCUUCCGUACACCACAGCCACUGCAGUGAUGCGCAGUGAUGGAACCAUCUGGCUGGAGCCUGAGGUUCUGUUUUCUGGACCACGACAAGCAUUCGAGUUCCCUCAGAUCAACUACAGUAAGUUCUCUGGGAAGAACUACAGCUAUGCCUAUGGACUGGGUCUGAACCACUUCAUCCCUGACAGGAUUUGCAAACUGAACGUGAAGACCAAGGAGACGUGGGUGUGGCAGGAGCCAGACUCGUACCCCUCAGAACCCAUCUUUGUGCAGACCCCAGACUCUGUGGAGGAAGAUGACGGGGUGUUGUUGAGCAUCGUGGUGAACCCUGGAGCAGACCAGAGGCCAGGGUACCUCCUCAUCCUCAAUGCCAGAGAUCUGACAGAGAUUGCACGGGCUGAGGUGGAGGUUAUCAUCCCUGUCACCUUCCAUGGAAUGUACAAGCCUUAGGACCACUUUCUCAACACAUCUACAGAACAAUCAUAAUACUAAAACUGUUGGAUUAUACUUUACACAAGACAUCUAGUUACAGUGCAUUCGGAAAUUAUUCAGACAUCUUCCCUUUUUCCACAUUUUGUUAACGUUACAGCCUUAUUCUAAAAUUGAUUAAAUAAAAAUAGUUCAGCAAUCUACACACAGUACCCCAUAAUGACCAAGUGACAUUAUAUUUGAGACAUUAUUGCAAAUGUAUUUAUCAAAAUACAAAUACCUUAUUUACAUAAAUAUUUAGACAUUUUGCUAUGAGAUUUGAAAUUGAGCUCCGGUGCAUCCUGUUUCCAUUUAUCAUCCUUUAGAUGUUUCUGCAACUUGAUUGGAGUCCACCUGUGGUAAAUUCAAUUGAUUGGCCAUGAUUUGGAAAGGCACACACCUGUCUACAUAAGUUUCCACAGUUGACAGUGCUUGUCAGAGCAAAAACUAAGCCAUGAGAUCGAAGAAUUGUUCGGAGAGCUCCGAGACAGUAAUGUUGAGGCACAGAUCUGGGGAAGGGUACCAAAAACUGUCUGCAGCAUUGAAGGUCACCAAGAACACAGUGGCCUCCAUUCUUUAAUGGAAGAAGUUUGGAACCACCAAGACGCUUCCUAGAACUGGCUGCCCGGCCAAACUGAUUAAUCAGGGGAGAAGGGCCUUGGUCAGGAAGGUGACCAAGAACCCGAUGGUCACUUGGACAGAGCUCUAAAGUUCCUCUGUGGCGAUGGGAGAACCUUCCAGAAGGACAAACAUCUCUGCAUCACACCACCAAUCAGGCCUUUAUGGUAGUGGCCAGAAGGAAGCCACUCCUCAGUAAAAGGCACAUGACAGCCCACUUGGAGUUUGCCAAAAGGCACUUAAAGUACUCUCAGACCAUGAGAAACAAGAUUCUAUGGUCUGAUGAAACCAAGAUUGAACUCUUAGGCCUGAAUGCCAAGCGUCACAUCUGGAGUAAACCGGACACCAUCCCUACGAUGAAGCGGGAGAGCAGCAUGAUGUGGGUAUGUAUUUCAGCAGCAGGGACUGGGAGACUAGUCAGGAUCGAGGCAAAAUACAGAGAUCCUUGAUGAAGUCCUGUUGCACUCUGGAGCAGGUUAACAACCCUAAGCACACAGUCAAGACAACGCAGGAGUGGCUUCGGGGUGUCUCUGAAUGUCCUUGAGUGGCCCAACCUGAGCCCGGACUUAUCAUAUCAAACAUCUUUGGAGACCUGAUAAUAGCUAUGCAGCAACGCUCCCCAUCCAAUCUGACAGAGCUUGAGAGGAUCGGCAGAGAAGAUUGGGAGAAACUCCCCAAAUACAGGUGUGCCAAGCUUGUAGCGUCAUGCCAAGAAGACUCAAGGCUGUAAUCGCUGCCAAAUGUGCUUCAACAAAGUACAGAGUAAAGGGUCUGACUAUUUAGUUAAAUGUGAUAUUUCAGUUAAAAGAAAAUUGCAACAUUGUCUACAAACCGGUUUUUGCUUUGUCAUUAUGGGGUGUUAGGUUCUAAAUUUCAGAGUAAAUAACUCAAGGACACUAGAGAAGCUUAGCCAAGUUGAAUUCUUCCCAAAGGGUCGAUACAGCUGUAAUUCAGACAUGGCUUCCAAGGGAGGGUUGCAUCAUUCUUGCUAAGUGAACUAAGUGAUAUGAGCCUUCAACGGUUUCUCCCCUUAUCAGUACUGUCACAUGCGAUUGUUUUCCCUGCACUCAGUCCCUCCCAAGCUUCAUCAUGGCACCCCUCAUUUCUCUUUCGUAGCUAAUGUUCCUAUACUUCUGAGUAUAACAAUGUUCCAAGUUUAGCGCUGAAUCCAAAAGGGGUAUUGAGCAUAGAUUGAGGUGGAAAAAAACAAUUAAUCCACUUUAGAAUAAGGUUGUAACUUAACAUUGUGGAAAAAGUCAAGGGGUCUGAAUACUUUUCAAAUGCACUAUCAUUUGAGUAUCUAUUUGUUGAGGCAUCGCUGGUGUUGCCUAUGGAAUGUACUGUUUGAUCAUGUAGCCUGUUCAUUUGCUUAGUCCACAUAGUAAUGUAAACUCAGAAAAAAAAGAAACGUUCCUUUUUCAGGACCCUGUCUUUCAAAGAGAAUUCAUUAAAAUCUAAAUAACUUCACAGAUCUUCAUUGUAAAGGGUUUAAACACUGUUUCCCAUGCUUGUUCAAUGAACCAUAAACAAUUAGUGAACAUGAA